GCGGUGACACAAGCGGGAAGCAUGGCGGCGACGGAGGGAGCGAGCUUCACCGAUCCGCUGCUUGAGAUGAUCAAUUAUGAAGGUCCAGGUUUGUUGGACCUUUCAAAUCAGGGUCUUCAUAAACUGGAUCCGGCGUUUUUCAGUAAUGGGCAGUUACACACUCUUCAUUUGGACCAGAACCACAUCAUUAAGCUUGAGCAUCUCGAGCAUAACAAAGCUCUUCUGCAGCUGUCUGCGGCCUGUAAUCGUCUGGUGCGCAUGAUGGGCGUCUCACAGCUGACUUACUUAAGAUUUCUGAACCUCUCAAACAAUAGCAUUGGUUAUAUUGAGGGGCUGAAGGACCUGGUUCAUCUGGAGUGGCUCGAUCUAGCUGGAAACAACAUCAAGGUCAUCGAGCAGCUCAGCACCUGUGUUUCCCUCGGGCAUCUUGAUCUGUCAGACAACAAUAUCUCUCACAUAGGGGACCUCACCAAGCUCUCAGUGUUAACGACUCUUCUUCUGCAUGGAAACAUCAUCACAAGUCUGCGCACCGUUCCUGCUCAUCUGCCCCCGAACCUCACUAAACUAUCGCUCGCAGAAAACGAGAUCAGAGACCUGACUGAGGUGUCAUUUUUAGCUCCGUUAUACUGCCUGCAGCAGCUGUCCAUCACAAAUAACCCGUGUGUUCUGGCCACUCCGGCUGUGCCCGGCUUUGAUUAUCGGCCGUAUGUCAUUAGCUGGUGUCUCAAUCUGAAUCUGCUGGAUGGAUCUGUGGUUUCACAAAAAGAGGGACUGAAGGCAGAAUGGCUCUACAGUCAAGGUAAAGGGCGAACAUUUCGGCCGGGGCAGCACUCAGAGCUGGUUCAGUAUCUGGCAUCCACGUGUCCGCUGACCGCCACAAAUACCUUACAGUCAGCAGAAGAUGCUAAACUUGAGAGAAUCCUCAACAAACAGAGACAGCAUCAGAAACAGCUGCAGCAAACACCCAGCUGCUCGAGUCCACCUCGUCCCAAGCAUCUCAACGUUUACAAGAACACAGAGGCAGAAGUCAUCGCUCAGACAGAUGUGGAUCCAGGAGUUCAGGUGAACGCGUGGAUGGGCUCAGCGUCUUCAGAGGUGAUCGCUGCAGUUCGUCUGCCACCCGCCCCUGAAGACUGGAUGAUUCUGGAGGACGUACAGACUGAUGAGGAGAAGCUUCACUGCAGUCUGCUGUCCUCAGAGUCUGCUUUCCUGCCCUUUGACCCUGCUGUUCAUCCAGCUUCAGCUCCUGACAGUGGGGAGGAGGAGUUUGAUGAUUCUCUGGCCCCUCCCACAUCCACACAGCCCCGCCCACUGGAGGAGUCAGGAGCAGGCCUUAUCUCUCUGAUGCACGGAUCGGAUCAUGUGGCGCAGACAGACAGACCUGGCGUGGUAAACGGAGAUUGUGUGCUACGCAGCGCUUCUGAUCAGACCGGGACACAGAAGUGUGAACUAAAGCAGUGUGAACCGCGGGACGCAGCGGUCAGGAUCCAGUCGUGGUGGAGGGGUCACUGGACACGGCUCUGCCACCCACAAGCCAAAGAAGUGCGUGCCGAGAUCCGCUUGAGAAGGAUGCAGGAUCACAUCGUCCACCUGACAGCAGAGCUGGACAGGGUGCGCAAGCAGCAAGAAGAAGAACGACUGCAGAGACGUGUUCAGGAAGAAGCUGUGAAGUUCCUGUGGAAGCAGCUUCAGGUGGUGCUGGAGUGGCAGUCGUCUGUGAACGAGCGGCUCCGUGUAGCUCAGACCUCAGUGUCAGAUCCCAGCAUUCCCUCCGUGACUCCUGUCCGAACAGAGAUCUCCAUCCCAGAGUCUGGCUUCCAUUCCCCGGGAGAGCGAGCGGCGGGGGACAGUCUGCUGGAGCAGUAUCUGUGCUCAGUGCAGAGACAAGAUGAGGAGGAUGAGGAUAAAGGAGCGGGAGAUAGAUCGGGAACACCUGCAGAUCCAUCCAAUCUCUCUCCCCUCAGGAAAGAAGAGCGCUUGUCCUGACCGCAGCAAAAGCAGAAGAAACACUGGACUCUUGUGUGCCCUCUUUGAAGAUCAGACACUAGCCUGUUUUAAUCACUGGCCUUUGGUAACCCUUUAGACUCGUAGCCUUUUCUUCCCAUGUUACAUACACAGAUUGAAGAAGCUCAUGUUUAAGACGUACGAUGACCGACGCUGCCUUUGGGCUUUCUAACAGUGAAGUACGUUCUUGUUCACUGCUGCGUAUCAGCAUACAGAUUUCUGUUGAAGUACUUUACAUCUUUACAUGCCCUGGGUGCCAAACUCUUUCAGUGCACUUAGCAGUAGACUUAUUUCAUUUGGAACAUAGAGCCUGGUCAACCGAACCAGACGUAGCCUUGAACUAUAGAAGAGCAUGUGUGUAUGUGAAAUUAAUGUGAAUUGAUUUGAUAGUCUGCUGCAGUCUGGAUCUACUGAGAACUGUAAAUAUUUCUAUGUCUAUAUCUGGAUAUUCACAGUAUGUGCUGCAACUAGUGUUCAGUGUGGCAUAUGGAACUUUGUUUAUUUAAAAUUUGUAUUCGACUUUUUCUUCUAUGUUAUAAAGUUCAUUUUUGUAAAUAAACUUUUACUUUCUUUCA